AUGUAUCCUACAAUGAAACUCGGACUCCUUCUUCUAGCCUUCAGCCAACGGCUUCGACCUGUCUUGGGGCAAUUUGCCUCUCCAGCCAUUCCAGAUGACACAGGCGUGGUUUUUGAAAGUCAGAACGUUUCUGCCGCUUCCUUCAUCGGUACUCCUUCGGUAUUGAUGCCUCUCCGAGCCAAAACUAGAUACACCCCGGAUGUCGUCGGCUUCCAUCAAGAUGGUGGCAACACUAGAACCAAUGACUGGCCAGGCCCUCUUGGCAACUCUCCCGUUGUAUAUAGCCGCUCUGUGGCAAUUUCAGCUCAGUACUGGCACGAUGAUAACCGCCUCACUGCUCGUUCUGUCUGCGGCAACGCGACUGCUGCACAUUUCUGCAUCGCCGCUUUUCACCCGGAAACCAUGGACGUUUUAGCAACGUGGGUGCCUGAGAAACAGACAUUGUUAUCCCCUUACGCUACUAUCAUGGAUAACUCUAUCCUGAUCCCGACGGUGGAAGGACACGUUAUUCAAGUGGAGCGUCUUGAUAGCGCCAAUAUUACCUCCUUCCGGCAGCUCCGCGACAUUGACCUUACAUCCUUCCUGCCUGAAGGCCACGCUGUAUCGAUCAGUUACCCUGAUGAGGAUGAGAACGUCUGGUUUGUGUCUACGCGUCUGUCUUCCUUGGGCAAUAUCGAAGACUCAUCGAUCAUCGGUUAUGUGGCUUCGACUGGUCUAGUACGCACACUAAGGUUUGAUGGCCAGAAGAUUGAGAAUUCGAUUGCAGUCAACGGCAAAACAGUCUACGUCAACACUGGUCCUCUAGCAUCAGAGACUAACGGCAGCAAUACUGGACACAUGUAUGCUCUCCAGGUGGACACCAGCAGCGGGAAGAUUCAAGCGGCUUGGAACGAGACAUACACGGCGGGCAGCUCGGCGAAACCCGGCGGAUUCUCGCGGGGGUCCGGAUCUACCCCCGCACUGGUCGGAGACAAGUUCGUGGUCAUGACGGACAAUGCCGACAUUCAGGUGAACCUAGUGGUAUACCGUCAGGUUCAAAAUGAGCCAGAGGGCUUAGGAGGGAAUUCAAGCUUUGUUUGCCAAGUCCCUCUGUUUCAACCAAACGCAAGUGCCAAUGAGAACGCCAUGGUCGGGUACUUCGAUGGCUCUACUUACAGUGUCAUCAUCAACAACAAUUACGGCGCCCCCGAAUUGCAAGAUCUCAGAGAUACCAACAAUAUAAACGGCCGGUACAACGACUUUGCCUCACUGGCACCCGGGAUUACUCGAGUAGAUAUCUCCCCGGACGGGAAAUGCGAGGUGCGCUGGACUCAACAGGUUCGGUCCACAAGCGUCCUCAGUCUCUCAACAGCAAAUGGUCUUGUCUAUUCAUACACCCAGGAUGAGAGGCUUGCAAUAAAUGGAGAGUACGUCUGGUAUUUCACGGCUAUUGAUUUUCAGACUGGAGAGUUGGUCUGGCGGGUGCGAUCUGGAGCUGGCGGUAACUACAACAACAAUGUUGCACCCACGCAGAUGUCCCCUAAUGGAGCUAUCUAUCAGGUUAUUGCUGGUGGUGUGACUUGGCUUAAAGAUAGACCUAGCGUGUAA